ACAUUUGAGGACGUAACGAUUCUCUUCAGCGACGUGGUGGGCUUUACGAAAAUUUGUUCAAAACUGACGCCAAUGGGAGUACUUAAAAUGCUGAAUGAGUUAUUCUCACUAUUUGAUAAACUGACGGAGAAGCAUAAAGUAUACAAGGUGGAGACGAUUGGCGAUGCCUACAUGGUUGCCUCUGGCUGUCCGAUUCGCACUUCUUACCACGCGCCGUUGCUGGUAGAAAUGGCUCUGGAUAUGAUUGACGACGUGUCUACCAUCAAGAUGGAGGAAUUGAGGAUUCGAGUGGGUUAG